CGCCCGUUAGGCCAUUGAAGCGAGCACCCUUCGCGACUAGCAGGUGCUAUGCGACCGCUGGCGAGGAUGAAAACAGUGAAAAGGAUGAGCGAUAUCAGUUACCGAUGUUACAGCGGCCUUUGGGAGUCAAGGAAAGACCUUCGACUUUCGUGAAGACGUGGGGCGAAAAGCAGAUGGAAUUGAUAGACCCGGAGAAACGACGUGCGCAGAGAGACCAUUUAAUCAAGGAAGUAGGCAAGGGCUAUUUCGCUGACCUGAAUCGCACCCGGAAAUUCGGUGGCAAAACAUGGAUUGCGCCUCCAACUGCAAUUCGGGAGGACAAAGCCCUGUACUUUCCUGACAUAGCCGGCACACCGUUGGACAAGAACACGAAAGUACACACGACGGAUCUCCUUCGAGGGAAGAUCUCUGUCGUGGGCAUCCUCACAACCCAAAUAUCCGACGAACAUAUCCGGUACUUUGUCCAAAGCACCAACGCAGCCUUCCUCAACCCGCAAUACCCCCGCUACCAGCACGUCCUCAUCAACCUGCAAGAAAACGUGCUCAAAUCGAUGCUCGUCUCUAUUUUCCUCUCCUCGAUAAGACGAAGCGUCCCGCCGGAGAUGCACUCCAGGUACCUCGCGUCGAGCCAGAACAUGGAGUUCGUGCGCGAGGACAUGGGGAUGGUGAACAAGCACAUCGGGUACGUGUAUCUCGUGGAUGAGAACCUGAAGAUCCGGUGGGCGGGGUGCGGGGAUGCCAAGGCGGAGGAGAGUGAGGCGUUGUUGCGGUGCACGAAGGUGCUCCUGGAGAGGCUGCAGCAGAAGGUCCCUGAGAAGGGGGAAAAGAACGUUAAAGGGGCCGUCAAGUAAUCGUAAUCUAACGCUGCUCAUCCGUGUUUGCAUCAUAUUUAUUACAAUGGAUUCUUUACCUGCUCAACCUACAACGAUACGGUGCCCUCGAAGUUUCGAGUACCUCGUGAGUACAUCCUAUGUCUACGACUUCGCUUUCUCCUUUGCGACAGCAUCUGCCAUGUCUCCCAACGUCUUAAAGUCGAAUACAUGGCGAGCCUUUGCAUCCUGGCCCAUAGUUGCACCAGGCCUCUCGAUCCAACAGCUCGCGAUACCCAAGGCGUUGGCUGGGACAUGGUCGUGCGCCAGACUGUUUGCCACGACCAGCACGCCGUCCUUGUCGAUCCCGAACUUCUCCUUGAUCUCCU